AUGGAGACUUUGGUGAAGCGUGAUGCUGGAAAAGAAGAGGAACCCGGUCCUCUUGUUCUUGAGAUAUCCACACCUGCCACAAGCAGAGAGUCAAGACGGACGGAAACGAAGCAGCAAACAUCUUCAAAUACCUUGAACCAUAAGACCCGAGCAUCAUCAAAGAACCAGAGUAAAACCGCUCAGCGUCGGCAAGCAGCAGCAACACAAGAAAAACAUCAGACCGAAACCCGGACCCAGACCCGCUCGAUAAAAGUCACAACCCUCACCUGGAUCAAUCACUCAGCACCAAAGCCCAAGCAUCGAAACUCUGUGAACCCAAAAUCCACAACAUUCACGAUCCCUGUCGCAGGGUUGUCUCUCACUCGGUUCACCUCAGUCAACGAUACUCGCUCGUUACCUACCAAUAAGGGCUUUUCAACCGCCGUAUCUGUUUUCCGUGUAUCUCUGACUGCAAGAAAUUCGGAGAGAGGUUUAGUUGUACCGGCCCGGUCAACAGAUUUCCAUCCAUCCAGACUAAGUAUCCAUACCUCGUCGCUUUUUCUCUUCUCCCACCACAACAACAACAUCCAAAUCCACGCAAUCGACAUAUUGGAGAAGGUUUUGCACCAGCCAGAGGUACCACCAGCGACCAAACCAAAGUCCACUACCACCUCCACCACAACCAGCCCACCACCACCACACUACUGCGUACGGGCACUACCAGAGGUUCAGUACCACCUCACCUCCCGAUCUCAAUUCCCAGCGCCGUACCUUACCGGGGGUCCUGGCCCGUGCUUUCUUCGCUCUUUCCCUCUCCGGUGCUCGGUGCACGUACCCUUAAAUCCUGACCGACCGACCUUAUUUUUAUUCGUGCACCUUGGCCUCGGCCCUCAUCCUCCCACCUUCACACACCUCGAAUUGAGACGGUCGUCCACCGAAACCAAGUCUGAUUGUCCUUCUUUUAUUCUCGACCGUCCCUGCGGUGGUUUCUUCCGGUUUCCGGGUCUCAAUUGGCAUCAUUUGCCCUCGGCGCAUUCUCUGUUUGGCUGCUCCCCGCCUCCGAGGACCCGUUUCUUUUACCCCUCACUUUUCUCUGGUCGCUCUUUCGCGUCGGUGAAUCUCGGUGGGGCACCACCACACAAUCUGCCCAACUUCAAAGAAAAGGCGCGACAGCCAGACAGAGCCAACCACCCUCUCUUCUUCUCGAAACUCUUUUCUUCUUCUCUCUUCUCUCUCAUCUUUUCCGCCACAUACAAUUACACCAACGUACACCGAGGAUGGGUCAAGGGUAGUUGCUGCUGUGACAAAGGGAAUAAGACAACACAACUUGCAAGCAUGCAUCCGGCUCCGAGUCUGUUAGAGGCGCCUCCGAAGAAUGGCAGCGAGGAGUCUGGAAACAGACCCCAAACUGGCUCACCUUCAAUGUCUCAUCAUGAGCUGCCUCAAUCGCAACAGUCUCCGCUCCAACAACAGCAGUCAUUGCCAGCGCAGCAUCAACCGCAGCAGCAGCAAACGACUCCUCAGCACCAGUCCCAGCAACCUCCUCCCACCCCCGGUCAGUCGGCUUCUCCUCCGCUGAGGAAGGACACCAACUCGUCCAUAUCAACUCAGGCCACGGCGGCAUCCGCUGCCACCAAUAUGUCCGUGGACACAAGCAACACAUCGUACAGUGCCGACACCUCUCCUAACUUAACAUCCAUAUUCCAUGUAAAGGAUGGCUCCGACGUCUCUAACCGGGUCCGCGCGAGCAGGAGGCGAACCGGUCCUUUGUCCCAGCAACAGAGAGAGAAAGCCGCACUCAUCAGAAAGCUGGGCGCCUGUAAUGACUGCCGCAGAAGGAGAGUUGCAUGCCAUCCUAGCCAUCACAACAUGACAUGGGAGGAUGCCGUCAGGAAAUAUCAUAGGUCUCACAGUCCCAGCAUCCAGGAUAUCGCCCCGUCUAUGGCUGGCCAGCGGCCCCUCAGCCCAGCGCCGGCCCUGAACAACAACAAUGUGAAGUCAAUGUUCACGCAGGACCCCGAGGAGAUGGAGAUAGACUCCCCAACGCCUCCUGGUGGUCACCGGCUCAGCGAGUCUCGCAUUCGCACGCCACUCCCGACCGGCCCCAGGCUCGACAAGCCUCCAAUUUUGCCUGGUAUUGAUAGUCUUAAAUCUGACUUACAGACCAAUGUUUCGAGAAUUCUGUCUACUCCCAGUCGGAGCCGCUACUCAAGUGCGCAGGCCUUGCUUCUGUACUGGCAGGACGACCCUGAUUUCAGCGUUGGAAGCUCCGUCAAAGAACUUGGAGAAGUUUUCGACCAGUAUUACCGGUAUACGUUUUCGAUCACAACUAUUCCGUCUGCUUCAGAGGCCUGCAAAAGCCCGUGGAGAUGGCUCUCGCGCAAGAUUACCGACUUUGUGGAGGAUCGUGAUCAACGGGACGUUCUAAAGAUUGUCUACUACAACGGUCAUUCCUACUUAGACGGCAACCGGGAGAUGGUGCUCGCCAGCUCAAAAGACAAGGACAAGGCCGAGACUAUCCGGUGGAGUGGUAUUCAGCAGGUGCUUGAGGAGGCCUGUUCAGACACUCUGAUUGUGAUGGACGCCGCAUUCUUUCCAUCUUCCAAGAUGCACCGCCAGCAAGGUGUCUUGGAACUGGUGGCUGCUGCUGUAUCCGAGGAGCACUUCGAUGCCCUGGAUCGAUGCACGUUUACCAAAGUUCUCACCGAGCACCUAAAAACACGCGCUUCACAACGAUUCACGAGCCCCUUCUCUGCCGCAGAGCUUCACUCAAAACUACUGUCCAAUUAUCCUUCUCUCGUUCAGGAUAGGAACCCUGAAAAGGAAACGAUCAACAGCUUUCCGUCUCCGCUCCAUAUGCAAAUGUCCGGAAACGCUCGACUACCCUCAAUUCUUCUCGCACCUCUUAACAUUGGUCCCUUGAGGACGAGCCUUCCGUUCGGUACAGAAGGUCAGCAACUGGUACUGUCAUUCCGGAUAGGAGACGAACCGAUCGACAUUGACAACUGGACCGAAUGGCUGAGAAUGAUGCCAGAGGGUGUCAAGGAUGCUUUGAGUUACUCAAUGAGUGAUCAAACCGACCCGUCUCCGCCGAAACCCCUGUUCCUCUCAGAGCCCUUUGCUGGGCCUGCUUUUACGCGUUAA